AUGGAUCUCAAGCCCAACAACAUUCUCGUCUUCAAUGUCGGCCCUGACAUGAGUUGGAAGCUCAGCGAUUUUGGUCUGUCAAGAGUGAAGCCCAAAACGAAGCCCGAUGUUUCCGACCUCAGCAGAAUAUUCAAAAAGCGCGGAAGCGAUGAGCACAGCAAAGCCACAGCAACUGCCAAUCUUCGCGGUGAGGGCACAUACCAACCAAGAGAAGCCCAGGACAAGGGUAAAACAAUGAAUGAGAAGAGCGAUAUAUGGUCCCUUGGCUGCAUUAUCAGUCUGCUUUUCACGUUUAUGGAAAAAGGACUUGACGGGAUUGAAUCAUACAGCGAUUCUCGAAAGGAGCACUCGAACAGCGUCUUGGAUGUAUUUUACCAGCACAACAAGACCAUGUUUACCUACUCUAUAAACAAAGGUGCAACGAAAAAACAUGACAAGCUGAUAGAAGCAGCUAAAAAGAGAAGUCCUAUCGAAGGGGAUAUUUUAUGGUUCAUACUGAAAUGGCUGGAGAGGAAAACACUGGCAAUUGAUCAAGACCAGCGGUGCGAAGCCGCAGAAAUCUUCAAACGCCCGAAGAGAACACGUGAGAGAUACGAGAACAUUGAAAAUCCUCAAUCCUCCACGCAGGGUCAUUCCUUUUCCAAGAUAGUCAGACAGAUGACAGAUUCAACUUUGAGCGGGCUACGUAGACCGAGUGGUGCUCAUCGCAGAAAGACGUCGGCCACACAGGCCAAUAUGAGUCAAUGGCGGAUGGGCAUGGAAAAGGGUACGCGCUUCAAUGGCUCUGAUACCUCACCGGAUGGUGGGUUCCUGGUUUACUGGGACAGCCAGACUAUGAGACUGUUCUCUGAUUCUGCCGUGACCUUGAACUCGCACUUGCUCCAGAGAACAUCCUGGAAAUGCGGUGCUUUGACCGAGCGAUACUUGAUUGCUGCAACCAAGGAUGGCACAUUCAAGAUAACGCUGGCAAAGGUUGACCGCGGAAUCCACGAACUGAUUCCCCCCCUUGACAAAGAUUCCUUUGCCUGGAACGAAGUCUUUAUAGUUGUCCAGCGUCCUUCUGACUUGUCCCUACAUUUAUUCACAAUUGAGCCAAGAAUAACUUUGCACGAAGAGGUACAUCUCAAGGGUCGUGAAGGCAACGAUGCAAGACUAUUCACCGACAUGAUCUGUUUCUCGAAUGCCGACGACAAUACCAAAACCGAUGUUAUCGUGUUGGCGCAGAAGGCGUCAAUCUUCUACUUCACAUUCGAUAAACCCACCAGAAACAAAAAGUUGGUUCGUCAUCCAUCGGUAAAAAACUACUGGAUACUCAAGAUUGCCAGAAGUGAGUCAGGGUCCAUUGUGGCAUUGGGAAGACACUCGGGUUACGCUUCCAGCUAUGUCGUCCUGCUUUCGGUCAAGCUCAAGGGAGAGGGCAUACGUCCUGACCUCAAGCAUCUCGCUGAAGUUAAGGGGGUAUCAGAAAACCAUCAACCGAAACUCAGUCUACUGAAAGGUGGUAUUGGUUCUGUCGCUCAGGUCACCGCCACUACACCGGACGGCCAGUAUCGCGUUUAUCGGUUGGACCUGGGUGGUUUGCUUGAUACCUAA